AGUUGAUUGAUGAUUUGAUAAUACGUAAUCUUGGUUAUAUUAAAAAUAUCAGCUGAAAAUAACAAUUUUUAACUUAGCAUUUAAUUACACGAAUAUAUGACAAAGGUGAUAGAAUGUCUUCAGAAUAACAAAAACGGCGUUUUAGAAUCGCCAACUGGUACAGGAAAAACUCUCUGCCUUCUAUGUUCCUCUUUAAGUUGGUUGCUAACGAAGAAAGCUCAGUUACAAGCACAAUCUUUAGUUGGAGGAGUAGAAAAUCCUACCUUUGGAGGACACUUCUUUAAAAAAUUAAAAAAUGAACUUAACGAAGCUACAGGCAAUUCAAAUCCUGCUACUAGUUUCAGUUGGACAGCACCAAAAAUUAUUUAUGCAUCAAGAACACAUUCUCAACUUUCACAAGCGAUGCAAGAAUUGAAAAGAACUUCUUACAAACACGUAACUGUGGCUGUGUUGGGAUCUCGAGAUCAACUUUGUAUUCAUCCAGAAGUCUCCAAAGAAAUCAAUGCUUUAAACAAGAUAUAUAUGUGUCAGUCUAAAGUGAAAUCUAGGACAUGCUUUUAUUAUAAUAACGUUGAAACUAGAAAAGAUGAUCCUUCCUUCAAGCAGGAAGUGCUAGAUAUAGAGGAUUUAGUUAAAGCUGGUCAUAAAAACAAAUGUUGCCCAUAUUUCUUGUCUAAAGAACUUAAACAAAAUGCAGAUAUUAUUUUCAUGCCAUAUAAUUACUUGUUAGAUCCAAAAUCACGGAGAUCACAAGGUAUAGAUUUACAAAACAGUGUUGUUCUUCUGGAUGAAGCACACAAUAUUGAAAAAAUAUGUGAGGAAGCAGCAUCAUUACAGAUAUGCAGUACCGAUAUUGCUAUGUGCAUAGAUGAACUAACUGUAGUAAUGGAAUAUAUGGCUAAGGAUAUUGAACAGAAUGAAUUUUCAAUGGAAACUUCAGGAAAUGUUCAAAUAGAUUUUACUGCCGAGGAUUUAUAUAUUUUAAAAACCAUGUUUUUAGAUUUAGAAAAGGCCAUUGACUCGAUACAGAUCGUAAAACGCGAGGAAGGAGAUACACACCCCGGUGGAUACAUUUUUGAAUUAUUAGAAAAGGCACAGUUAACUCAUGGCAAAGAGCAAGUUGUAAUAGAAAACUUAGAAAAAAUUGUACUUUAUUUAACAACUACAAGUACUUCUCCAUUUACAAGAAAGGGUAAUGCUCUUCAAAAAUUCAGUGAUGUACUAAGAACCGUGUUUAAUCAUGGCAAUAGCCUUCGCUAUAAAGAAAAAAUUAAACAGUGCUAUAAAGUACAUAUUCAGGUAGAAGAACAAAAAAAAAGUAAAAAGGAUGUUUGGGGAACAAAGAAGAAGGUCUCGAAAAACGAAGGGAAAGUUAUUAGCUAUUGGUGCUUCAGUCCUGGAUAUAGUAUGCAACAACUGAUGGAACAAGGUGUGCAGUCGGUAGUAUUAACAAGUGGAACAUUAUCUCCGUUAAAACCUUUUAUAUCUGAGCUUGGAAUACCAAUUGAAGUUCAGUUAGAAAAUCCACAUAUUGUAAAAGGGGAGCAAAUAUGCGUGGGUGUUCUUAGUCAAGGUCCCGAUGGCUAUUCUUUAAAUUCUUCUUUUAAUACAAGGAACGAUCCGAAAUACAUAAUGUCUCUUGGACGAACAAUAUUUAAUUUCAGCUGCCUCAUUCCUCAUGGUUUACUAAUUUUUUUUCCUUCAUAUCCAGUAAUGAAAAAAUGUCGAGAAGAAUGGCAAAACGUAGGUUUGUGGACUAAAAUAGCAGAGCGUAAGCCCAUAUACGUGGAACCACAAUAUAAAGAUGACUUUUUGAAAAUUAUAAAUGAAUAUUACGAGAGAAUUAAAGAUCCCUCCCACAAAGGAGCUAUUUUUAUGGCAGUUUGUAGAGGUAAAGUGAGCGAAGGACUCGAUUUUGCCAAUGCAAACGGAAGAGCUGUAAUGAUAACUGGCCUUCCAUUUCCACCUUUAAAAGAUCCUAGAGUUAUAUUAAAACAACGAUAUUUAGAAGAAAUAAAACGUCAAGAUAACGAUAUUUUGUCUGGUCAGCAAUGGUAUCAACUUGAAGCAUCACGAGCUGUUAAUCAAGCUAUUGGUCGUAUAAUUCGUCACAAAAAUGAUUACGGAGCUAUAAUUCUUUGUGACUGUAGAUUUGAGAAUCCUAGUUUUAAAAAGCAGCUGUCUGCUUGGCUGAGGCCUUAUGUUAAAAAUUUUAAUCACUUCGGGUUUGUUACAAAAGAACUGAGAGAUUUUUUCAGAUACGCAAAUUGUACUUUACCACAACCAAGAAAUGUUUCAUUACCGGCAACAUCUGCAUCAUUUAACACGACUGUCUCUCAAAUGUCAAAAAAUACUUCGAAACCGAAAACUGAUACAAAAUCCUCGGUAGAAGAUAAUUUUAACAUUGAUUUAUAUAUUGAUAAAAAUGAAAAAGAUAAAAAACCAGCUGAAGCGAAGAAAAAAAGUUUUUUUGAGAUUUUAGCAACUGAUUCAAAACCUAUGAUUAAUUUUAGUACCUGCAAAUUAGAAGAAAAUCAAACUUCGUGUGAAUUAACAAAAAAUAUUACUGAAUCAGUCAGAAAAAAACGAAAAAUAAUAAUGUUACCCGUGGAAUGCAACGAAUACUUGUCUGGUCCUUCAACUCUUUCGGAUGCAAAUAUAGAAAAUGUAAAUGCUCCGACAAAUUCUCAACAGAGCAAUGCAGAAACUGAUAAUAAUAGCACCGAUAAAAAGGUUUUGGGCAAAAUAUAUAUAAAAGAGGUAAAGCAAUCUUUGUCGCAAUCCAAUUAUAAAAUAUUCUCAAAAAUAAUACAAGAUUAUAACAGCACAAAUAAUUUUGAAGAAUUACUAAAAGUACUUAAAAAUCUAUUUCCACCAAACAAAGGAUUAGAUCAUUUAUUUAUAGGAUUUAAACAUUUUUUGAAGAAACAACAUAUCGCUGCAUUUGAAGUUCAAGUUGCACAUUUAAGAGAUAUGCAAUAAUAACUUCAAAUUACCAAGAUUUAAAUGUGAGAUUAUUAAAACUACAUUAAAUGUAAAUAGUGCCUAAUGAAUUUCAAGUAUUUUAUUAUUAAACAAGACCGAAGAACUAUCAAAAUAAACGUUUGACAAACUUGUAUUUUAAAAAGAUCGCCAUAAAUUAAGUAUUUAAUAAAUAAUUAAAUGUGAUCUGAGCAAAAGCUAUACUAGAAGGUCCAUGGUUGAGUAGCAACUAGUUAAAUAACUGAAUAUCAAAAUAUAUUUUUGAAUGUU